AUGCGGACCCCUUCGGACGAGGAGGAGUCCAUUUUUACGGUACACCUGCGCAUAAACAUUCGAAUGAGUCGGGCUCGUUCGCCUGUGGGGAUGGCGGCCUGCAGUCGGCGGCCAGCCAUACCUUGGUACAAGGCAGCGCAGGACUCGUCGGAGAUGCUCAUGAGCAUACUCGUACAGAAUUACUCUGUUCGAUGCAAUUACGGAGUAUACGCAGCAUCCGUCUGGACGCGCGCGAGGAUGCGCUCACACUCAAAGGCAGGCGACGCCGAAUCCGUCUUGUGUCGUGUCGUGUCGUGUCAUGUCGUGUCGGACCGACGUUCAACCAUACAGCUCGACCUGCUUCGUAGUGGGACAUGCUACGAUGCGCCCACGGUACCCGGCACGAGUGCUGGCCGCCGGCACAUGGACCUCAUGAACCUUGGCCGUCGCAGCGCCCGCCGCGCAGAGACGUCGUCCCUCGGUGCCUCCUCCGACCUGUCCGCCCCGACCACUCCGUCCGUCGCCUGCGGCCGAACGUGCCGCCCUUCUUCGGCCCCGACUUCUCUUCCGUCCGUCUCCCCUCCCCCCUUCCCCUCCCUCCCCCGGCCAUUUCCUUUGCUUUGCCAGGCGCCCGGUGGCCGGGACCGAGAAACGUGGCGCGCCUCAACCCCGGGCCCCAACCGUCCAGCUCAGUCGACGGUUUUUCGAGGGAGUGAUCGUCCACUCGUCGGCCCUUGGCACGAUCCUCGCUCCAGCCCUGCCGUCCGCCCUAGUCGUCCAGUUGCCCGUGCGGACGACGGAGGAUCCGAGCAGGACGACGCCGAGCAUUGCCUCUGCCCAUCUCGUUCCGCCAGCGUCGACCGAGGCGCAAGGGAUGUGCCCGUCCGCUCUCGCGCUGUCCGCCUCUCCGUCAUCGUCAUCGUCAUCGUCAUCGUCUCUCUGACUGUCACGAAGAGCCCCGUCACCACUCGCCCGCCCGACUUCGGACUGGCCUGCCCGAAGCUGGACCGUCGCGCUCGUAUCGCAACCGGGGCAUCUCAGACAUCUGGACCGCCUCUGACUGCCGAGCUUGCUUCCUUUGUUUUUCGAUAUUCGAACCCCCCCCGAGCUCUGCCGUCGAAGCCAGAAUUUCUCAGAGGCCGUCGACCGCUACACCCGGUGCCGCCCUGCCAGUCUUGGGCCGCCCACCGUAACCGUCGCCGACCUGCCCAUCCGACGGCGUCGCUGGCUUCGAGUUGA